AUGGGGGAACUGCAAUGUUGUGUUUCCUUCCGUGGCACUAGCAUCACUGUUACUUGCUACAUCACCAAGUCUAACCUCAAUAUCCUUGGUGUCGACUGGAUUGAACAAUUUGGUUCGGCUGAUUUGCCGCUCUGCCUUGUUUGCAGUCAAGUGCAGCUUCCUGCUGUACCUGCAGACCCCACCAACGAUAUUCUCCAGGCUGCCAAAAUGCCCGCUUUUCAACCGCCAGAUCCAUGA